AUGAGGUGUUAAGCUACCUUAAANGUAGCAGGUGCUUUUUAUUCUGUUAAUAAAGUGACUGGAUCUAUAAGUGCUAGUGUUUCACUAUUAACAAUGGAUGAUGAUUAUUUAGAAAAAAGAAGGGUAUUUAUGUUGAAAAGACCUGAUCAUGUAUUAGAUGGAUUAUCAUAAGCAGGCCAUUGUCUUUAUAAUGGUUUUUCAAAUGGAAUUACAGGUGUAGUUACAUAACCAUAUGAAGAAACUCAAAAGAAUGGAUUUAAAGGAUUUGUUAAGGGUACUCUAAAAGGUUUAUCUGGAUUAGUUGUUAAACCUAUUGCUGGAGUUUUAGAUGCUAGUGCUAAAGCAGCAGAAGGUGUUGUUUCUACUGCUACACAUUUUGAUGAUAAACCAAAUGAUACUAGAAUUAGAUUCCCAAGAAUAUUUUAUGAAAAAUCUAAAUAUUUUUAAAAAUAUAUUUCUUUAGAUGCUCAAGUUGUUAAUUUCCUUGUUAGUUUCAUGAAUGGAAAAUUUAAGGAUAUAGAAAUUAUUACCUGCUUUUAAUUAAAAGAAACUGAAACUUAACUUAAUAAUAUGUAAAGAUAAAUCUUAUCAGCUACUAAAUCAAUCCAUGAGUGUUUUAAAUGUACUUCUAAAAUACUCAUAUUAUCAUAUUAAUAUAUUUUAGUUCUUGAAAACAUGACACUUGUUUAAGAAAUUUUAACUAAAGAAAUUGUAGAAAUAUCUGAACCAAUCAAUGGAUAUCUUAGACUCUCUACUGAAUUCAAACCUAAUAUUGAAAUUAACAUACUCUUAGAUCAAAUUGAAUUGAAAAAAGCGACAUCAUUACUAGAUUACUUACAUUAAUAAGUUAAAAGUUAAUAUGAUUGA